AUGUUCGUCUUUCGCGCCAUCUCCUCAUUGGUGUUCUUGACCUUGAUUGUUCUAUUAAUACCUCUCACCUUCGACAUCGGUGGUCGCGACGCUGGCCUCGCCUACUCGCUAUCCAUAGCAUCCUUCUACUUCUUCCUCUCUAUCCUGCGCAUCUCUACCCCCGACCGAUCCAAUUUCAGAAGAGGCAUCAUCAACCUCUUGCUCGCUCUACAAUGGAUCUUACUUCCCAGCUUGUGCAUAUGGGCGUUGGGAAGGUUCUCGAUUGAUGCUGAAAAUAGUGGGGGUUGGGUUGAAAGGACAUUCAGCACCAAAAAAGCCUUCUUUCCUUCCAACAGGAACACACGCGAGGCCAUCUUUGGUCCCGAAGGCUUGGUCGAGAAUGCUACUAUUGGAGGCUGGCGUCUUCUCCUGCGCUGGUCCUCUCCCAUCUUCCAGUUGCUUGAGGGCUUCUGCAGCCUGUUAGUGAUUCAGGCUUUGGGUCAACUCUCCAGAUGGCUGGUCAACCGAAGUGAUUGGAGCGACGCUUGGUUACUCGUCCUUCUGGUCUCUGCUGCCGGUGUGGUGUCCAGCUCGGUCUACUUCCUUUGGCGAGUUCUCCAGUUCCCGGAUAUUUCCAACCUAGACUCGACUUUGAUCGGCAUUGCAAUCGCCUCUGCUAUCUUUCUCUGUGCCUAUGGUGUCGUCUCCGGCCGGGGAACUGCUGUCGAAUCGUCACUUCUGUUCGCCUAUAUCGUUCUCUGCAUUUACCAGAUCUUUACGGACUACAAACCCAACGACACUACUGCAGAAGAUACCGGCUCUUCAGCGCCCGAUUUCCCUCCUUUCCCACCCAUCAUCAUGUCAUCCUACUCCGCCAUAAUGUUCGCUCUUUCCAACCUACCCGGAGCCUUGGUCGACGCUUUCGACUUCACCGCGGCAGCCUUCAAAGCAGUCACCCCCUCAGUCCUCAUUUCUCUAGGCUACCGCCUCUUUGUUUUCUAUGCUUCCACUCGUAUCAUCCCUGCCAUCAAUGAAAGUGGUGCAAGAGGUCUCAGCGUGGAGCCAUCUUUGGAGGAUUCCAAUGCCGGUAAUCAAUUCUUGGCCUUCCUCUCUUGGUUCUCCCCAAGCAUCCUCAUCGCUGUCUACACUAGUCUGUUGAUGCAACACUUCGCCACCACCAUGGGUGGAUAUUCCCCAGGUCUCACCGAAUCCAUCGGUGCUUGGUGGAGUGGGAAUGGUCAACCGGGAAUGAAUGGAAAUCUUUGGAAAUGGGUCAACUUGGUCGGGACCAUGGGCCUUUACGCGAUUGAGCUGUGGCUAGGAAAGGAAGAUGACAUCGAUGGAGGUCACUGGAAAGUAGAUUGA